UCCGUCAUAACCCUUUUGGAUUCUUACCUCUUCAACUCACAUCGUAGCCUUAUGUUCUAAACGUCGACGGUCGCUGGAGUCGAGGCAGCGAUGUUUACGCUUCGAUCAGCUUACUAACCAUCCAGCUGUCAAGUUUUAUCCGUCGCUUCACGGAAUUGCCCCAUCAGAUCGGCACGAACCCGAUCGUGUUCCCGCUUUGCUUUCCCGGCUUGGUUGCAUGGGAGGCAUAGCGAACCACGCUUUUGCUCCAAAAUGCUUCGCAAUUUUUUUCGACGACGGCACGGCGAUGAGGAUGUUAUGCCGGAUAUGGUAGACGAUGGAUCGCUCGAAGGUGACUCGACUGGCAUUGAGGCCUUGACUGCACUGAAGCGGUUCGAAAAGAUGCAUCGCCUGGACCCAAACCUACCAUUGGACGAGCUGGACGAGGUCGAAACGGCUUUGAAUAGCGCAAACAUCGAGAAAGGAACCGAGAUCGACCAAAUAUUGGCUGAAGACAAUUCCCCAUAUCCAGAAGUUCGAGCUUCAGUACGAAAUUACGAUGUCGAGAUGCCCGUCAACACCAUCCGGGCCUGGACUAUCGGCAUGUUGCUUUGCACUAUCGGUUCCGCUGUCAAUAUGCUUCUCUCGCUGCGAACCCCUAGCAUCUCGUUGUCGACUUUGGCUAUCCAACUCAUAGCAUACCCCAUCGGCCUGGGCUGGGAUCUCAUCUUCCCCGACCGUGUUUUCACCGUAUUCGGCAUCAAGUUCAACCUCAAACCCGGACCAUUCAACUUCAAGGAACAUGUCAUCAUUGUUGUCAUGUCCAAUGCUGCGUAUGGCGGUGGUGCUUUGUAUGCUACUGAUGUCAUUCUUGCUCAGGAGAUCUGGUACAAACAGUCAUUCGGCUGGGCCUGGCAAAUCCUCUUCGGCAUCUCGACGCUCUGCACUGGCUAUGGGCUUGCCGGUUUGGCAAGAAGGUUCUUGGUUUGGCCCGCUGCCAUGAUAUGGCCCGCGGAUCUCAUCAACUGCACACUCUUCUACACCCUCCACGAUCACUCGCCCUCGGAUCCGGCAAGGACAAAUGGUUGGUCAAUUAGCCGAUACCGAUGGUUCUUGAUUGUCAUGGCUGGAUCAUUUGCGUGGUACUGGUUUCCUGGCUAUCUUUUCCAGGGACUAUCUUGGAUGUGCUGGAUUACCUGGAUCUGGCCCGACAACGUCAUUGUCAAUCAGCUGUUUGGCGGACAAAGCGGAUAUGGGCUAUUCCCUAUCACUCUUGAUUGGUCUAUCAUCUCUGGAUAUCUCCUGUCACCCCUCGCGUCGCCAUUUCAUGCGAUCGCCAACGUCGUCGGCGGUGUCACGUUUUUCUUCGUUAUUGUCUCCCUUGGAAUCCAAUAUUCGAAUAUAUGGUACUCGGCUUAUCUGCCAGUCCAAGAGUCGCACUCGUACGACAACACCGGAAAGAGGUACGACGUUUUGCGCAUUCUUAACGAAAACCUGCAUUUCGACGAGGCCAAGUACCACACAUACUCGCCGCUUUACCUCCCCACCCAAUUUGCCCUUGCAUAUGGGCUGUCUUUUGCAGCUGUCGCAGCCGUCAUUGUUCACGUUGGCCUCUACCACGGCAAGGACAUCUGGAAUCAGUGGAAGUUGGCCCGCCAUCAAGAAGACGAUGUCCACAUGCGCCUCAUGAAGAAAUACCGUGACGCCGAGGAUUGGUGGUAUAUCAUCCUAUUUGCCGUCAUGCUUGGUAUGUCCUUUGCCGCGGUGUGCGCCUGGGACACCGGCUUCCCAUGGUGGGCGUUUAUCAUCUGCAUAUUGAUUCCGGUGGUGUGGACCAUUCCGAUCGGAAUCAUUCAGGCCAUUACCAAUAUCCAAUUAGGACUGAACGUCUUGACCGAGUAUGUCAUCGGCUACAUGCUCCCCGGCCGCCCCUUGGUCAUGAUGAUGUUCAAGAACUACGGUUAUCUCGUCAUGUCGCAGGCGCUCUAUUUCAUUCAGGAUCUCAAGCUCGGCCAUUACAUGAAGGUGCCACCUCGUGUCAUGUUUUGGUCCCAGCUGAUAGCUUCGGUUUGGUCCGCCAUUGUCCAGAUCGCCGUCAUGAACUGGGCGCUCGGGGCAAUUCCCGAUAUUUGCACAGACGGCCAGGCCAACCAAUUUGAUUGCCCCAAUGCCAAGGUAUUUUUCACUGCAUCCGUCAUUUGGGGUGCGAUUGGACCGGCUCGCAUGUUCUCCGGUAAAGCACUGUAUAGCUCUUUACAGUGGUUCUGGCUCGUUGGUGCCGUUGCUCCCGUGAUUUCGUGGUUUUUCGUUCGACGGUAUCCGCGCUCGCUUUGGCGCUAUGUCAACUUCCCGCUGGUGUUUGGCGGUUCAGGCUGGAUUCCGCCCGCAACUGUUUACAUCUACUACUGCUGGGGCAUAGUCGGCACUGUUUUCAACUUUUUCAUUCGCCGUCGGAAGACGGGUUGGUGGCUGCAGUACAACUACCUCACCUCGGCCGCCCUUGACGUUGGCCUUUUGCUGUCGACUCUCGUUAUUUUCUUUUCCCUUACACUAUCACACACCAAAGCGCCAGAAUGGUUUGGCAACACAGUGGCUAAGAGCACCAUGGAUUCGACCGCCAAAGCGGUACAGAAACUCGUCCCGCCAGGAGAGAUCUUUGGACCUCGCGAAUGGCCAUAGUUGCAAGUCACGAGUCAUAGCGAGGGAUCGGACGAGACAGGAGGAGUUUUGGAGUUUGGUUAGGUAUUUUUCUCGACGGAGUCUAUGAUUUGGAAUACCUUCGGGAUUGGCGGGAACUUCUGGGGAUUUUGGCUACCUAUGGACGGAAAUUGACAGGCACAGCCGGCACAUGUAUGCCGCGCACAAC